CGAGAACAAUCGUCGUGUAUUAUUUCCUUCAUUGGGCUCGACAUCCGCUCGGAAUGGAGUGUGUGUCUAGAGAUUUUCGGCUAGAUUUUGGUAGUGAUCCUCUCUCAAAUUGGCAUAGACAAAACUCGUGUGUGCAGUGAAAGUGGGCUUUUGAGAUGGGAACAACACAUCGUCACGGUCCAACUAUGUGUACCCCGUCUUCCUCGCUCAGUAUUUACUAUCUGCUGGUCAUUUAAACCCAAACAUUGAAAUGAUAGCCGAGCUGUUCGUGACCGAGAAGAGAAAACAAAACGCUCGUGAGAUGAGUGUGUCGUGUAGAUUUUUGGGUCUUUGCGUCUAUCUUUUUUCAUUUUUCGGUGACUGGGCGGAUGCAGCGAAGACGAGGGUGAUAAUACCCUCAUCCACCCCGACCUCUAACCCUCCCAUCAUGACGCGACUGCUGAUGAUUCACGAGAGAGUUGAAUCGUCUCAGAGCUAAAAGGGUUGUAAUAUUUGUGUCAGUAGUCCCAAAUUCAUGUUGUUUUCAAUGAAGUGUUUCAAUUCUUUCGGCAAGAAUAUUUGGGAGCUUUUAAAAAGAAAGAAAAAAUAAAACCUUUUUUCUUUUUUGAUUUUCCUGGGUCGAGGAGCCCGGGCGCUUUUGGUACAGAAAUAAACUACGGCGGCGUCGUCGGUCGCCGCCGCCGCCGUAGUGUGUGCUGCUGGCCUUAUUUUGUGUUGUUUUAACUUUCUUGUACUGAAACGGACGAGAGGGAAGAUCUUUUGCCGUCCCGGUUGAGAAAUAUAGACGUUGAGCUAUCAGCGUCCGGGGCUGCUGGACCAGCCGCAGCAGCUGGACUCGAUUCCGGAAGCGAAUCAGAAAACAACCCAAAAGUUCCUUUUUUUUUUUUUCUCCACAAAAAAGAAAGAAAAAGAAGUGACGAACCCUUUUUGCCACACACUCUCUCUAUUUGCCCUUCUCGUUUCCAUCAAAAGCAAACACACAAAACAUAUAUGGGUUAAGUAACAUUUCCUGACCAUAUUUGGGCGUCAUAGUCAGUGUCAUUAGAUGUAGGUGAAGGCUGUGCAGAUCGUGUGAGUAAGCUCACUGCCGCAGCUGCAUUGACGUUUUCAUAAAGGUCGAAGCCCAAAACCGCCCGUCUCUCCGACAACAACAACGACUGGGCAGGGGAAAAGCCGGGGCCAUUUUUAUGACGUUUUCAUGUUUGGCCCAUCACACCAAGGAUCUCCUCGUCUCGACUUGUGUUAUUUAAUAAUCCCUGGAUGCUGUGCCCGAGCCAACGCGUGCAACCGUCCGUGAAGCGCCACGCAAUGCGACCGUUACGAUGGAAAUCGAGCGUUCUCAUUAGCUUUCUAUUAUACCGUACCUCUCUGAACUGGUGUGUAAUGGUUCUCGCGUGUCUGCCGUGUGUGUGUGUUACUGAUGCAGUUGCAGCGACUACCGUUUGGUACACACACACACACACCUUUCACUCGGGCGUUUUGCCAUCGUAUGACUGGGAAGAAUUAGAAAGUUGUGAUCUUUUUAUUGUCAUUCUCUCUCCUCCUUUUGAUACGAGCGAUUGUAUGUGAUUCGACAAAGAGGAAAAACGACGCUGCGAAGAAUAAUUCACCGUCGUAGAAUUUUCUUUUCCAUACUGUAAAGAAGAAAAGAAAAAUUCCCAAUCAAAAGGAGCCACACGACUGGACGGACAAUCCAUGGCCGUCGCCUUGACUGGGAUUUUAUUUCUCUUGAACGUGUGCUGUGAUUUCCAUUUCUCUUGUGUUCCCUACAUGGUUAUCGACGCCGAAUGAAAAGAGAACCUCCACCUCCUUCUCUUCAUUUAUAUGGGGGGGUUCGUUCUUUCGGUUGAGGGUAAACCAAUACGGCAGCGGCAGCGGGCAGCGGCGGCAGCAUGGCCGGCUGUUGGCGCGCGCGCGCAUUGAGCCCGACCUAUUUCUGGGACCGAGAAUGGAGUGAGAGAGAGAGAGAAAAAUAUCCCGAUCCUUUUUCCCGUUUCUGUCUAGCGAAGAAUAAAGAAGGAGGAAAAUGAAAAAACAAGAAAAGUCAAACAAACAAAUCGGUGCCAAGGUGUACGACCAGGACGACGCCGGGAUUUUUCUACACGACGGCAGCGUGGAAGAAUUUUUCUUUUCUCCUUCGGUUUCUUCUUGUUUAUGCGGUUGAAAAUGCGAAUUCGAGAGAGACGGUGGGAGGGUGUAAGCAUUCCAUCAUAUGUAAACUCAAUCGGUCUGCAACGUGCAACCGACGCCAAUCGACGUCGUCACGAUCUUUUGCAGGUCUCGGGAGUCCCGAGAAAAAAAAGCAAAACAAACGGAACGAUGGAAGCGACUCUCGACAUCCCGGUCCAUUUUUGGUGUGUGAGCGCACCCACGUCCGUCCCUCACUGCGCAACUGUGUACAGGAUUGCGGUGGCGCUUGGUUUUGGUUUGUUGCGACGAAUCAGCGAAAUUCUCUAGUUCAAUUUUGCGUGUUCAAUUUUCAUUUUUCAAAUGUUGCGACUGACCCCAAUAUUUGUCGCGUGUGUUCUUCUUACGCUCCAAAGUAGUACUCGACGCAAUCAACCGGUGGCAUUGAAAGUGUCAGUUAUGCAAAAAUGAUUCGGACGUGUAUCAUAUAUAUCUCUUUUGGCGCGUUCAAUACGGUACAAAAACCUGGCGGGACCGGUACAUGUGGCGCCAAACAUAAAACGUAAAAGGUCGUGACCAAUCGGAGAGAGUGAGAUAGACAGAUAUAUUCCAACAGCAUUUUACACGACGUGAGUCUCUCUCUCUGCGAUGGAAGGAAACACUUGCGUGUCAAAAAAUGACCAGUGGCAAGGAUCGGCAAGGUCGUAUCGAUUUUCCCUUUUGAAGAAUUUCGGGAAUUAUUUUUUUGUUUGUUUAUGAAACGUCCAUUUCUUUGAGUAUUCUCUCCCGUUUGUUCUGUUACGUUUCGUAGUCGUCGGAUUGUCGGCGACCUCGCGAAAAAGUCGUGACUCCCGUCACCUCUGGAAUCCAGCACGGAGCUUUUGCUGCUGCUCCGGCUGCUGCUGCUCCGGCUGAGCGAUUCUACUUAGGUACAAGGUUAAUGAAUCUAUUGUUUCAUUAACGACGAUUGCAAAACCACAGAUGAUGGCGUGAACAUGAAUACCGUGCCUCGAGUUACUUGCGAUUCAUCCGACACUUUUUCUGAACUGAAUUCUCACUCACGAAAAAAAAACAAGUGAAGACUGACGUCAUCCCGCGGUCCGGUUUAUUAAUCCACCCCGCGUCUCAUAGCGGUGCGACAAAUGGCAAACGUCAAGAAUGGAUUACAUAAAAUUGAAUAAGCCACCACCUUAUUGCAUUAUAAAACGGCACGGUCGUAGUCUUUUAUCAGAAGAAGAUUAUAAGCUGCACGCGCCUGCUGAAUUUUGAAAUGUCGUAAUCGUUGCGACUUGUCGGCAAGUCGGCGGAUCAAGUUGCGGGAAAAAAAGAAAAAAAUCAUUCCCCCAUCGCCCCCCGUUGGAAUGUUUCGUGUCACUUUUGCGGUGUAGCCCAAUUCCCGUAAACAUAUUUUCACUUUCCAGUUGCAUUUUGACCUACCUUCAUAUUGAGGACGCUUUUUACUCUCUUAAAAGUGUGUGUGUUCAAUCAUUUCUCUUUCGUGUCUCGAGAAUCAUUAUUACAAGCGUCAAUCAAAAUAAACAUUACAAUUGAUAUUCUUGGUAUGAGUUGACUAUCUUGUAUGUACUCUCGUCGGCAAAAAAAAAUGCAUAACGCAAUCAAAUGCUCCGGGUGGUGUUUCACUCGGUCAGAUACAUCUGAAUAUAUUAGAUCAAUAUGUCGAGUGUGGAAACAAACACACACACAAAAAAUAAAGAGUGUUUUUUCUCUGUUUUUAAAUGGACGUGCGUACCGCAAUAACACACAGAGCGAAGGAGAGGUUUUUUGGAACCAACGCAGAGGGUUGGGAGAGAGUGUGUAGGCGGGCAGAAAACGUUUGUACGGGCGGGAUUGUGGAGAGAGAGAAAGAAAAAAGAACCGGGUUGCUUCUUGCAAGGACGGGCGUAGAGCUUGUCAGGAGGGGAGGUGGGAAUCAAAGAAGUCAGGAGAGAAGAAGGAGGGUACCAACAAAAACGGGCGGCUAUAGGAGCUGCUCGGCCGGGGUCCUACACGACUCCACAGUUGGCUCCCAAGUUGUUUGUUAGUCGGCUAGAACGUCCAAGCUAGAACAGUUGCUCUUCAGUCGCCGUAGCCGCCUGACGGGUUUCUCGCUCCUCACACAACUUCCAAGUUUUUGAUUUUCUACAAGUCGCCAAACCAAACCCAGCAGAAAUGGACGCCAUCAAGAAGAAAAUGCAGGCGAUGAAAGCCGAGAAGGAUAACGCGAUGGAUCGCGCCGAUACUUGCGAACAGCAAUCGCGAGAUGCCAACCUCCGCGCUGAAAAGUCCGAGGAAGAGGUACGCGCUCUCCAGAAAAAGAUGCAGCAGUUGGAGAAUGACCUGGAUCAGGCCCAGGAAAAUCUUUUGGCCGCCAACUCCAAGCUGGAAGAGAAAGACAAAGCCCUCCAAACCGCUGAAGGAGAAGUCGCUGGCCUCAACCGUCGCGUCCAGCUGCUCGAGGAAGAUUUGGAGCGCAGUGAGGAGCGUUUGAACACCGCCACCACCAAGUUGGCCGAAGCCUCUCACUCAGCUGAUGAAUCAGAACGUAUGCGCAAGGUGUUGGAGAACCGCAGCCUCUCCGAUGAGGAGCGCAUGGACGCGUUGGAAAAUCAGUUGAAAGAAGCCCGCUUCCUGGCUGAAGAGGCUGAUAGGAAGUACGACGAGGUGGCCCGUAAGCUGGCCAUGGUUGAGGCGGAUUUGGAGCGUGCUGAAGAGCGCGCCGAAACCGGUGAAACGAAAAUCGUGGAGCUUGAAGAAGAGUUGCGCGUCGUCGGUAACAACCUCAAGUCCCUGGAAGUGUCCGAAGAGAAGGCCAACCAACGCGAGGAAGCUUACAAGGAGCAGAUCAAGACGCUCACGACCAGGAUGAAGCAGGCUGAAGCCCGCGCCGAAUUCGCCGAACGUUCAGUGCAGAAAUUGCAGAAGGAAGUCGACCGACUGGAGGACGAACUGGUCCACGAGAAGGAGAAAUACAAAUCGAUUGCCGACGAAAUGGACACCACUUUCGUAGAAUUGGCUGGCUAUUAAAGAACACCAACCAUGCAAAAGAAAAAGAAAAACACCAGAGAUUCUUUAUAAAUUAUAUACCCGCACACCUUCCCUCUGAUGUCCUCUUCUCUUAUACACAACAACAACAACAACUGAAAAACACUACAAGAACAUUGAGCAGCCACACACAUGUACACCAUUUACACACACCUACACAAUCAAGACACGAGACACACUUUUGUUCUAAUCGAUUGGCCCAAUGUAUUUUUUCCGAUUCUCUACUCCUUCCCCGCCACAUCUCUUCUCCACUUCCUCUUCUUUAUAACCUCUAUUGGUUUUAAUCUUUUUUGCGUAAAAAAAAACACGCCAUUUUUUCCUUUUUCUCUGUCAUCUUUGGCUUUUUUUUCACAUGUUGGCUCUAUUAGAGUUGAUAUCCUUCUCUCCGUUCUCUCUUUGGCCUUCUUUUUUUUCUUUGUUGUCGAACUGGAAAUACCAACACUAAUUGGAUUGUUGAAA